AUGGAGAGGCCAUAUGUGAUGAAUAGGAGGCAUGUUCCACCUGCCAUCGCUCUAGCGCCUCCUGUAUUGCCUAUUCAGCAUGCAGUCAACCCAGCGGUCCCAGAUGUCCAUCCUGGAGAUAUGCCUGGCACCUUAAGGCCUGAUCCAGCACCUCCUCAGCUUCCUGCACAUGGACCUGUUGUGCCAGCUGCCCCAGGUGUUAAGAUGGGAAUGAAUCCAGAACAAGUCACAAUCCAAAGGGAGGUCAGGAAGUCAUGUAAAUGGUCAGAGAAAUGUCCUCCUCUGCCCGCUUCUGCAGUUGGCAUUGGUGCCAGACUGCCAGCACGAGCUCAUUGCCCUCCUCACAAGCGGUGGAAGCUUUCUAAUGCACAGUUAGAUGAUGAAGUGGAUGAUGAGAUGGAGGAUGCUGAUGUGGGCUUUGAGCUCUCUCAGCACUUCAAAUUUCGCGAUCUUGGUCCUACCACCCAACUCCUGGGCAUCAAGAUAGAUAGAGACCGUCCCAAUCGCUCCAUAUCUCUCUCCCAGCCCUGUCACCACUCCUAUGGAGCCAAACCAUCGUCUCUCUCGCUCUCAAUCACCUCAGAUUGCUGA